AUGACUUCUACCGAGGGCAUCCUCACCGGUAAAUACCCUGCGAAAGCACACGCUCGUAGAGUCGUCGAGUAUCUGCGACAGAAUGGUUUCCAGGGCGACGGCGUGCUCUAUCUGGAAGCCCAGAAGACAAAGAUGAUUGAAGACAAUGACUCUGAGCAGCCAUUUAGACAGCGUCGGUUCUUCUUCUAUCUCUCCGGAUGCUUGCUCCCAGAUGCACAUCUCACCUACCACAUCAGCACCGAUAAGCUCMCCCUCUUCAUCCCGCCUCUAGAUCCAGAGUCUGUCAUCUGGUCUGGUCUCCCCGUUUCGCCUGCUGAGGCCAAGGAGCUUUACGAUGUCGACGAGGUCUUGUUCACGACCGAUAUCAACCCUACUUUGGCCCACUUAGCAUCUAAAGUCGGCACAAGCGGAUUCGUGUUUGCCAUUGACGGGCAGAUAUCCGGUGAUGUCUCCUUCAAGGACUUCCCAGACACCGAUAAAGUAGCCCUAAAGACGGCAAUUGAAGAAUGCCGAGCUAUCAAGGAUGCAUACGAAGUGGCCAUGCUUCGCAAAGCGAACGACGUUACUGCUCAGGCGCAUGUGGCUGUUCUCAAAGCAGCCAAGUCGGCUACUAAUGAGCGAGAGCUCGAAGCGGCUUUUAUCGGAACUUGUAUUGCUCAAGGAUGUCGCGAGAUGGCGUAUCAUCCUAUCGUUGCUAGUGGAACGAGCAGUGCGACCUUGCACUACGUGAAUAAUGAUGAGUCUCUGAUCGACGCAUCGACAAACAAGAAGAAACUGAAUCUUCUACUUGAUGCUGCGGGGGAGUACAAAGCUUACUGUGCGGAUGUCACGCGCACAUUCCCUCUGUCAGGCAAGUUCUCACCCGAGUCUCGAGAGAUCUAUGACAUCGUACUUGAAAUGCAAACCGAGUCACUUGCCAUGCUCAAGGAAGGCGUCCUAUGGGAAGAUGUUCAUAUUACAGCUCACCGGGUCGCCAUCAAGGGAUUGCUAAAGCUCGGUAUACUGCGUGGCUCGGAAGAGGAGCUUCUCGAGAAGCGGAUCAGUGUCGCAUUUUUCCCGCAUGGACUAGGUCACUAUCUUGGAAUGGACACCCAUGAUACUGGUGGUCACGCAAACUACGCGGAUAAGGACAAGAUGUUCCGGUAUUUGCGAGUGAGAGGUAAACUUCCUGCGGGAAGUGUGAUUACUGUCGAACCCGGCGUCUACUUCUGCCGAUUCAUAAUAGAACCUUAUCUCAAGGACUCUGAGCUCUCAAAGUAUAUUGACGCUGACAUCUUGGAGAAAUACUGGGAAGUUGGUGGUGUGCGUAUCGAGGACAACAUUCACAUCACCAAGGAAGGAUAUGAGAACCUUACGACUGCACCGAAGACUGCUGAUCAGGUCGAAUUAAUGAUCAAUGGGUCAUAG